AUGGCGGCCGCCCAGCAAUGGCAGCUAGGGCCGCAAGAUCACCAGCUGCUCACUGCGCUCUUCCCAGUCUAUUUCCCUGCGAGGGAGCCGGAGCAUACCCAGACCCAUCCGAUGAGCAAGCCGGAAGUGCAGGAGGCGCUGCAGUGGUGCAUGUCGUUUGCGAACGCAGUGCUGGCGCCACGGAGUGUCGACGUCCUCGCGGCUCUUCAGGCUGCUAGGGCACGAUUCACACUGGAGGAGCUGCGGUCGCUGCGUGGGGAUCGAAGCCGUGAGGAGCUGUGCAGACGGCUCCAUGCCCAUCCUGACCAGUUCCUUGCAGAGGUUGGCUUGGGCUUUGACUUGGCCAACUCAGCUGUCAGAAGGCAAUGUCCUGAGCAGUUUCAGCUUCCGGAUGUCACUGAAAGAGCUGCUCCAACUUUAAGCAGGCCCGUGGAUGUGGAGGUCGUUGCCAAAGAUCUGGAGCAACCGGUGCAGUCGGUCAGGUCCGAUUUAAUCGACCGCUAUGUCGGCCUGAGGGGAAGUAUUGUGCGGGCAGCCAACAUCGCACCGCUCAUCACCGAAGUUUGCUUCACCUGCUCCAGGUGUGGCUCCGAGGUUCAGACCCCUGCUGCCGAGGGUCGCUUUGAGUAUCCAUCUGGCUGCCCAAAGAAGUGCCGAUUUGCGCGCUUCACCGCGAACAAGGACAAAUGUCAAGCCAUCGACUGGCAGAGGAUUCGCCUGCAGGAGGACUUCUCCGAGCUGGUUGCCUCUGGCGCACCCCAGCGCCGCAUGCCCCGCACAUUGGACUGCGAUCUCAAGAGGGCCCUCGUGGGCUCUUGCGUGCCCGGCGACGCCGUGACGCUCUAUGGCGUGAUCCGCUGCAUGCCCACUUCCGGGACAAUGUCAGCUGGUGACAGCCGCCAGACGCCGUCAAAGUCGCUUUAUGUCCUCUACCUCGAGGUCAAGGCCUUGGUGAACACCCGCCGGGCCGAGGGUCUGCAGCAGGUUGGAGGUGCGAUGCAAACUGGGGAGGAAGAGUUUACAGCCCUGCAGCUGUCAUUUAUUCGGGAGAUGUACAAGGAGAAGGAGAAGCUUCCAAUCUUAGUCGCCUCCUUCUGCCAGCACAUCUACGGGCAGCCUCUGGUCAAGGCCGCACUGCUUCUCUCUCUCCUCGGCGGCCGCCCUCUUCGGGCCGAAGGUGCCGAACGGCGUCUCAGACGUCGAGGCGACAUCCAUGUGUUGCUGCUGGGAGAUCCCGGUCUUGGGAAAAGCGAGCUGCUGAGGGCCUUGGCUAGGCUAAGCUCUCGUGGCGUCUACGUCUCUGGCAACUCCUCCUCGACGGCGGGGCUCACGGCCUCAGUCGUGCGCGAUCCCAGCGGGGAAUUCGCGCUGGAGGCUGGAGCUCUCAUUCUGGCGGACAACGGCCUUUGCUGUAUCGACGAGUUUGACAAGAUGGGCCAGGACCAGCAUUCGCUAUUGGAGGCGAUGGAGCAGCAGACUGUGUCCAUUGCAAAGGCCGGGAUCGUUUGCACGCUGCCCGCCCGGACCACAGUCGUCACUGCGGCGAAUCCCAGCAAAGGGUCCUGGGACAUGAGUCUGACGCUGGCUCAGAACCUGAAAGGGGUGAUGUCCGAAGCACUUUUGAGCCGUUUUGACGUGAUCUUUCUCAUGCGCACAGCAGAGGAUCCCGGGCAAGACACGGCUAUGUCCCGGCACAUCGUGCAGCAGCGGAUGCACGGAUCCAGGGCCACGUCCUCCCCAGGUGGAAUGGAGGACUGGUCCAACAGCGCGGAUGUGGAGGCGAACCGCUGCAGCCUGAAGGCGCGUCUCAGCCGUCCUGGCUUGGAGCCGCUGCCCACCGAGCUGCUGCAGACCUAUCUCCGAUAUGCCAAGAAGUAUGCGCAGCCGACCCUGAGCCGAGCAGCACGUGCUCGCAUCAAGGACUACUACAUGCAGCGCCGGGCGGCCGGUGGCGCUGUGUUGGUGACGCCACGGCUGCUGGAGGCUCUGAUUCGGCUAAGCGAGGCGCGUGCAAAGGCAGAGCUCCGCCGUUCCGUUCUGGAGUCGGAUGUGGAAGAUGUCAUCGAGCUUAUCAGUUCAGGAUCCGACUUCCAAGAGGAGUUCCUCCAGGCGCCGGUGCGCAAGGGUAAGUCCAAGCCGAACGCCAUCGUCGAUCGUGUCUUGCAGUUCCUCGAAAGACGGAGCCGUGCCGGUGGCGGCCGGGAGUUCCAGGAAUCCGAACUUCGUGCGGCCGCCGGGCCUGGUGUGGAAGGGAAAGACUGGGACAAAGCGCUGCAGCUAAUGAAUGACCCCGGGACUCUGACUCUCUCCUCUGGGGGCCGCUACAUCUUCAACCCUGGCAUGCGCUGA